CCAGAAAGACCAUUUUAAUAAGCAUUAUAAUUAUCAACGUCCACCAAUAGUAGUGGUAACUCGGCCGUCGACCCUCUUUAUUUAUUUAUUUAUAUCUUCUUCUCUCCCUACCAUUAGCAUCUAAGCAUUGAAACCCAACGCCAGUCAAUCAAAUCAAACACCCGGCCAAAAUAUGACAAAGGAAACUUACGGAAUAGAAUACACUCUGUCGUCGUCGGCCGACGAUGUCUGGGGAGCCAUCUUCGCGGCGACGUCAAUCUAUCCCAAGUUCCUCCCGGACCUCUACGAGGAAAUCAGAUCCACCAGGCGCGACGGCUACAGCCAAGGCUCCAUCCGCGAGAUCACUUAUGGCCCAGAUUUCAAGCUGGUGACGACGGCGCGCGAGGAGCUGACGAAGGUAGAUCACGGCGAGAUGACGGUGUGGUGCACCGUCGUGAGCGGUGAGUUCGUGAGCAAACACUACCGGACGUUCAAGACCGUCACGGCGGUGAAGCCGCGGGAAGGUCAAGAGGCGGGGGAACCGGGGUGUGCUGUGACUUGGAGCUGUACCCACACCGGGGAAGCAGGCUCCAUGAGCAAGGAGGCCGUUAUCAAACUUGUGAAGAAGACCUUGGAUGGCUUGGACACCCAUCUCCAGAGGCUGAGGGAGUAAAGCCCUAAAGCUAUCAUAUCAUGAACUACUUUGUAAUUUUAUUUUUAUAUUCUUAUGUUCCUUAUGAAUCAUGGAUCGGUCUCUAAUCUUUGUCAUACCUCAACUGCUGAACGAUUAAUGUACUCAUUCGGUUGCCAUUUAACAUUAUCAUGACUCACUCGAUCCAUUAGCAAUACGACAAAAAAUCUAGUUAUUUACAUAUGUCCUACAUGAAACUAAAUGCCUUAUGACGGGCCUAGUUUCCUUGGUAGGAUUGGUUCGGUCCGCACCUCUCGUACGUUCUUGUAUCAGGAACUCGUUUGUUUUUGUUUAUUGCAAUCUAUUAAUCACCCUUAUAAAAAAAUAUUGCGAAU